GUAUCUGAUAGACGAUAAUGUCGAACAAGAUUGCAAUCCUCCUGGCAGUGCUGGUUGUGGCGGUGGCUUGUGCACAAGCACGAGUCGCACAAAACCAUCGUUCCGUUCAAGCCCUGCCAAGAUUCCUGCCGCGACCCCACUACGAUGUAGGCCAUCGUAUUGUCGGUGGAUUCGAGAUCGACGUGUCUGAAACUCCGUAUCAGGUGUCGCUGCAGUACUUCAACAGCCAUCGGUGCGGUGGAUCUGUGCUGAACAGUAAGUGGAUCCUAACUGCCGCUCACUGCACAGUGAACGUCCAGCCUAGCAGCCUUGCUGUACGGCUCGGAUCAUCGCGACACGCGUCUGGAGGAACCGUUGUGCGAGUUGCCCGUGUACUCGAGCACCCGAACUACGAUGAUAGCACUAUCGACUACGAUUUCUCCCUGAUGGAACUGGAGUCCGAGCUUACCCUCAGCGAUGUGGUUCAACCUGUCAGCCUUCCAGAGCAGGAUGAAGCCGUGGAGGAUGGUACCAUGACGAUCGUGUCUGGCUGGGGCAACACCCAGAGUGCAGCCGAGUCUAACGCUAUUCUACGUGCGGCUAACGUACCGACUGUCAAUCAGAAGGAAUGUACCAUCGCCUACAGUUCUUCGGGAGGAAUCACUGAUCGCAUGCUGUGCGCCGGAUACAAGCGCGGUGGAAAGGAUGCUUGCCAGGGAGACUCCGGUGGUCCGCUAGUUGUUGAUGGUAAACUGGUCGGUGUUGUUUCGUGGGGCUUCGGCUGUGCUAUGCCCGGAUACCCGGGAGUGUACGCACGCGUGGCUGUCGUCCGCGAUUGGGUUCGUGAGAACAGUGGAGCCUAAAUCGUACACCGAACGUAGACGGGUUUCGCAUUACUAGACUGAACAGAAAUAAAGUAUUAAAACUUGUAAAA